AUGGAGACCGUGGAAGGUACGGAGAUUGAUCCGGAAGAGUUGAACGUGCCAGGACAAUGGUACGUUAGUAAGAAGAAAGGAAAAGCGGCCCCCCUAGUGGACAACGAGGCACGCCAUAUGGAACGGCAGCGAGCCGCCGAGAAGCUCGCAGGGAGGAAGCUGGCGGCAAAAUCGGUUGAAAGGCAGUUUGCCCGAGUUCCGGACGGCGCCGACAAAAUAGUCAUGAGGUCGCACGGCGGUCUCACACGUAUGAUAAAAUACGGAAGUGCGUAUUUGGCCGACGUAAUACUUAGGGCUGCUGGUGUCAGCCCAGACGCGGCCGGGGAGGACGUCAUCUUGAUGAACGUGAAGCAACAUUCCAUUCUCGUCGCCACCGUCAGCGCAGAGAGGAAGAGAAAAUACGCCGACUUGAAGCUCCUCAUGUUUGAAGGGGAAAAAAUAGAAAUGACUACGUACAUCGCUAUGCCGGAGGACUGCGGGAAAGGCGUCGUUCAUGAAGUCCCUUUGUCCUUCUCGGACGAAGAUAUUUUGAAAAGGCUGCAAAUCUACGGGAAUCCUCCGGUCCUAGGAGUGCGAAGACUCGGAAGAGUAUCGAGGACAGUUUUAAUGCUCUUCGAAGACAGAGAGGUACCGCGCUGGGUGCGACUCACGCCCGUGGCGCAACGCUGCGUACUCUACCGCAAGAAGUACGAGGUUUGUAACGCCUGCGGCCGGCUCGGGCACCGCGAAGACGUCUGCCCGGACCCCGAAAAUGUGAAAUGCCGUGGCUGUGGCAUGGAGAAACCGCCACAAAACCAUUUAUGCGAGUCCAAGUGCCAACUGUGCGGGAGAGGACACCCGCUCGGGGACAAAAAAUGUAGAGAACUCUAUCAUGUUCCUUACGAGGUGAAGAGGAAGAUAUGGGAACGCAAGAUCAACAUGCAACAGCAUCAGCAACUUCAGAAAAAGCAGCAAGCCGGAGCGACCACCGAGGGGAAUCUCCGAGGUCGUUCCAAGGUCAGGCGCGGAAACGAGGACUUUCGCGCCAGAAGCGACUCCUUCCCGAGGCUGGGGGAGACCACCGGGGGGAAGCAGCAGCGCAACCGCUCGAGCUCCCGCACCAGGGCGCACUCCGGAUCCAGACCCGGGGGGAGAUCGAGUUCCCGGGUCCCGGCGAACGCGUGGACAAAGAAGCGGAGCCCGAGCAGGGAUCGAAAAGGUGUAAGCUUUGGCAGUGAGGUUUCCCAGGCAAAAAAUAAGAAGGACGAGGAGAUCGAUAAAUUAAGGAAAGAGAGUUCAACCAAAAUUGGUACUGCAACCAACCCCCCCGGCCUCUAG